AGAAAAUGAAACAAAAAACGAAAGGGAGAUGGAGGAGGGGAAUGGCAAGAAAUGCAUAAUAAAGGGAGAAGAAAAACCUUGAAUGCGAGGAUCCGAGGAGUUGGAAACCGUAAUUUAGAGAGCUCUUCAGCCAAUGUUCUACAAGCUGCUAAAGCUGAUGCACUUCUUACUUCAUCAGUAGCAAGCAAUGGGCAAGCAAGAGUAGGAGAAAGCAAGAGAAAUUGAGUGAAAGCUCUUGUGAGAGAAAAGAAAGAGAGAAAUUGUGAGAAAUCCUUGUGUAGAUUAAGAGGGAGUAUUAGGGAGAAUUUGGGAGCUUCUAUACAUUGAAGCUAGGGUGUUGAGUGCUUCUUGAGUGAGAGAGCUUCUUAAUUAUUGU